CCCAUCUAAUCCUAAAUCAUUCUAUCCCACUUUCCCCAUUUUAAUUAAUUCUACAUGCACAUUUUUCUCUACAUUCAUCAUUACACAUAUAUGGAAACACUCCUUCCCUAUAUCUAACCCCAACACAACACAAAUAUAACAACUCCCAUCAACUCUACCAAAUGGCCAAGAAAAAGAACCGACAACAAAACAACAAUCAAAACGACGUCGUCGUUUCCGGUGGUAAUAAUGAUAAUGAUGAUGCAAAGAAGCAAUUAAAAGUAGUUCUUAAAAUGGACUUACAUUGUGAAGGCUGUGCUGGCAGAGUUGUGAAAGCUGUUCGCAACCUUGAAGGUGUGGAGUCAGUGAGGAUAGGAGACAGCUGUGAGUUAAACAAACUCACGGUGAUCGGAAACUUAGAUCCGGUCAAACUCCGGCAAAAAGUGGAAGAGAAAACCAAGAAGAAAGUGGAACUUAUUUCGCCGCCGCCGUCAAAAAAGCAAAAUGACGGCGAUGAAAAUACUAAAAAGAAACAACAACCACCACCUACGGAGAAAACAAAAACCGCCGUUAAAAAAGAUGAUGACAAGACGAAACCCAAGGAGCUACCGGUGACAACGGCAGUUUUUAAGGUUGCAUUACACUGUCAGGGGUGUGUUCGGAGGAUUCAUAAACUUGUUACCAAAACCAAGGGUUGUGUGGAUAUAUCGUUUGAUAAGAGUAAGGAUUUGGUGACGGUGAAAGGGGCGAUUGAUAUGAAGUUAUUAGGGGAGGCUUUGAAUAAUAAACUAAAGCGGCAAGUGGAGAUUGUUCCGACAAAGAAAGAUGGCGGCGAUGGUGAGAAGAAAGGGAAGGGAGGCGAUGGUGAGAAGGGGAAGGGUGGGAAUGACGGAGAGGGAAAAGGCGGUGGUGAGAAAAAGGGGAAAGUACGUGGCGCAGAGGACGGGGAGGGGAAUGGUGUUGGCAAUGCGGGUAUGCAUAAGAUUGAGAGUUAUGGUCCGAUGGUGUAUCCGUAUCCACAAUAUGUGUAUGGGCCGGGUCAUGUGGAUGUGCUUGCUCCUUCGUUGUUUAGUGAUGAGAACCCGAAUGCUUGUGUUGUUAUGUGAAAGAAGACUAAUGGUAGUGAUGUGCUAAUGUGAAGUAAAAUAGAAAGGUAAAUAAGGCUAGAAAUGCAGUAUAUACAAAAGUUUGUUAUGUUGAAUCUUGUUAGUUGUUGAUGGAAAGGGAGAAAUGGUUUUUGUUGUAACCAGCCAAUGGUUUGGUUUAAUGGGCGAUUUUGGAUGUAAUGGCAUGGAAGUUAACUUUUGAAGUACUUCGGUAAUUAUUGAUGGGUUAUGGUAUUACACUAU